AUGUCACCACUAUCUGAUCCGACCUUUUCCAAUUACGAUCAACAGCAAGCCCAGCAAUAUGCCGAGUCUCGUCUAUCCUACCCGGAACGAUUAUACAACACUAUCAUUGACUAUCAUAUCAAGUCCCGAGGCCAAAGCAAUAUUCUAGUAGAUGUUGGUUGUGGGCCUGGAAAUGCUACGCGCGAUAUGGCUACGUGGUUCGAUCAUGCGGUAGGUCUAGACCCGAGCGUGGAAAUGAUCAACACAGCUAUGAAAUAUGGUAGCUACACGAAGAGUGGACAGGAGUUAAGAUAUGCGGUUUAUACUGCUGAUCAACUGUCACAUGGUGUCCAGGAAGUAUUGCCGAUUGUCAAGGAGUUGGGAGGUGUGGACUUGUUGGCGGCGGCGAUGGCACCAAUUAAUUCGGCAACCCCAGAUCCGUCGACCGCCAAUGCAGAUGCGGUCCAGAAGGUCCUUUUCGAACUAGAGCGCGAGAUCCUCUCACCAUACGAACUACCCUCGAAUCGACUGUCGCGAGACCUAUAUGAAAACCUGAUUCUUCCAUGGGACUUGGACGACGAAAGUUUGGCGUCCGAGUUUCCGGCCUCGCAAUUCCAGCGCCUGGAGUGGGAUCGCGAUGGCAUUCUCACGGAUGGCGAUCAGUUCUUCAACUUCUCUGACGAGACGACGUUAGAAGGACUAGAGACUGAUCUAGGAACAGCGAGCAUGGUUACAAGAUGGAGGGAGGCCCACCCGGAACUGGCGAAUACAGAAAACGACUGUGUCAAGCAGACUAUGGCAAAGCUGCGUUUGGCAUUAGGGGUGGGAGGUACGGAGAAUCCGACUAUAACAGUUGGAAAUGGAACGGUGAUCUUGCUCUUCAAACGAAAAUGCGUGUAG